AUGGCAAAAUAUUUGGAUAUAUUAUUACAGAGAAACGAUUACGGUGUUCCUUGGGGAUUUCAAGUUCACGGCGGUGCAGAUUAUGGAAUUCAUCCGGUCAUAACAAAGGUGACCUUGGGAACUCUCGCAUCGCAAUAUUUGUCUCCAGGUGAUAAGAUUUUGGAAAUAGACGACCUCAAAUCUGAUUCUUUGCUUCAGUCGGAAAUAAAUCGUUUGAUAUUCAACGAAAAACCCAGCCUUCACCUCCUCGUGGAAAAACGGGCAAACGACGGGAAAGUGACGAGAGAAAUUUUUUUAAACGGAAAUGUUCGAAAUUUGUCGCCGCCGCCGGCGACGACGGCGCCACCGUCGUCGUCAUCGUACGACAAAUCCAAGGAACGAGAAUACGUUAAAGAAAACGAAAAUGGUAGACAAUCGACGAAAAUAUGGAUGAGAGAAAAAAAUCGUAACUCGUCUCUCGGGGAAUACGAUCUCGAAGUGAAUUUUCAAAGGACGAAAUAUAAACAACAGGAAGAUGAUGACGUGGACACGUCAUCGGCGAAAGGUUGGAAAAAGGUGGAAAACAAUAGGAAAAGUCAAGAAAGGAUGAAAAUACUUUCGGAUAAUUUCGACACCAUUUUCCGGCAGAAAAUCGGCGAGUGGCUCGAGGAAAACAUGUUGGGUUCUUCCCGCAACGAUUUUCCAGGGUGA